CUUGACUAACGUCUGGAAACAGGUACAAACAGUCAACCCUGGAUCAAAGCUGAAUCUUCUUCUUUUUGGCCAAAGGGAUACAGCAUGUCCGAAAUGCUUGACAUCUUCACGAAGAACCUUAUGAACCUGGCCCUGGAUGAAGCGUUGCUUCCGAAACAAUCUCAAAUCAAAGCCCCGGGGCAGAGUCGGCUGCACCGGUCAGCCUCCUUCUUCUCUCCCCCCUCCCCUCCUCCCUCCUCGAGCCACAGCUUGAGCACCGAGCAUGUUAACAAUAAUGAAAACGGCAGCCCUUUCUGGUCCUCCAACAUCUGGAGCCAGGGCCCUGAAUCCAAUCCGAAACAGCCCACCUUCAGGCCUGACCGCUCCAUGAGCCUGACGGAGGCGAGCAGCAGCCUGCUGUCCUCCUUCAGAAAGCUGUCUAACCUGGACGCUUUUCCCUCUACUACCACUGUGGCUCCACCGCCCGGCUUCGCUCCCUCGUCUAACCUCCCACCCCAGAUUCAACAAUUGGUGGCCCCCAAUCGUUACAAGACGGAGCUGUGCCGUGGCUUCCAGGAGACUGGCAGCUGCAAGUAUGGCAGCAAGUGCCAGUUUGCCCAUGGCGAGGCCGAGCUGCGUGGAUUGUUCCGCCACCCCAAGUACAAGACAGAGCCCUGCAGAACCUUCUACAACUUCGGUUACUGCCCCUAUGGCUCACGCUGCCACUUUCUCCAUGAGGACAAAAUCAGCGGAGGUCCGCUACCAUCUUCCAAAUACCAGAAUCAGCAGCAAUCAACUCCUGGUGGUCAGAAUCCACGCCACCAGUUGCGCCAAAGUGUCAGCUUCGGUGGGUUCCUGGGCUCUUCACGCAGCUCGCCUCCUCCCUCAUUCCUCUCAUCCUUCAAUGAUCCUAAUCUAGGCUUCAGCCGUGCUAGGUCUGUUUCCCCACCUCCCGCUGACCUCCUCUCCCCAGUGUUUGGUGACUCCCUGCAGCGGGAGCCAACAGCAUUCCAGUUUGGCAACCAUCAGACCCGUGCCAGCACCGGAGACAUCCACAACAUUCCUCUCAUCAUGGAGCCAAAGGCCUCACGCUGUGUGUGUGGCCAUGGAAAUAACUUUAACGGCAACAACAACAGAGUCUUCAACAGCAUUGAGGAUGGGCACAAGCAGGACAUGCCCUUUUCUGGUCCCGGAGGCCACGCAGGAUUCAUGAAGCCUGCUGGCCUCCAGCGUUUUUCCUCCGAGGACUCCCUUGAGGACAGCUACAGCAGCAGCAGUGGAGGCUCCAGUGGAACCGAGUCUCCAACAUUAGACGCAGCCAGUAAGAGGCUCACUGUGUUUGAGCGUCUAUCCCUGUCCGACUAAAGGGAUGGAAAAGGGAAGGAGCUGAAGGCGACUGUUAACGGCGCUUAUUUAUCUGAACUUUCUGCAGAGCCAGAUCUGAUCAGGACAAGUCCAUUUUUUAAACAAUAACACUUAAAGUUCUUAAUUACGUUAAAAUGGAACUUGACUUGGGAAAACUACACAUGAUGAGAUGAUUUUAGUACCCAAAUGUUAUCAGACUAUUUUUAUACUUACAAAUAUUAUGUAGCUUAUUCGACCUUUGUAUGUGGUCUUCCAUAAAAAUGAACUCCUCUGCAGGACUUGACAAUGCCAGUAAAUAUUCUGGUUUGUACUUACCUUAAAUCUGUAGUGAUCAAAACGGCUUAUCUUUAGUGAAUCAUUAAUUCCUACGCCUUAAAGAUUCUCCCUGCCUCAUAGGCUAUUUACUCUUGGUGCCACAAACAGUAUGUUUGAUUCAGUAGCCUUAAUCAGUGAGACCUGACAUGUGUCAUUGAUGCCAUUUUAUCUGUGAUAUGCACUUUACAGCUAAUCCUAAAUGGGAGAAACUGUCAAGUCUCCCAGUAGCAUUCAACCAAAGCUUCAUACUUCAUUCUGCUGUGUGUGUGUGUGUGUGUGUGUGUGUGUGUGUGUGUGUGUGUGUGUGUGUGUGUGUGUGUGUGUGUGUGUGUGUGUGUGUGUGUGUGUGUGUGUGUGUGUGUGUGUGUGUGUGUGUGUGUGUGUGUGUGUGUGUGUGUGUGUGUGUGUGUGUGUGUGUGUGUGUGUGUGUGCGCGCGCAUGUAACCAUGUCAUUUUCCUCAUACCUGGGGUGCAAGCAUGUAUAAGUUGCAGAAUGCUAAAAGAUCAAAGUGUGCUAGCAGCAAAAUGUAUGUCAGUGAGUUUGGAUUUUAAUAUCUGUAUCCUGACAAACUUUACGAGAUUUAUUAUGUAAAACAUUCUGUUAUCUUUUCUAGUUUGUAAAUUGCACCCCAUCAUUAAUUGUCCCGUUUAUUUGACAACCUGGUUCAGGGAGUUUAACACCACAGUAUUCCUUUCGGUUAUUGGUUGCCUUGUGUUGUUUAACUUAAACUAAUAUAUUUAUUAUGAUAUUUAUUUGUGUCUAAGGAAAAAAAAUGUAUUUUGUACUUAUUUAUGGAGAAAUAUUUCAACGUCUGUGAAAUACCAAUGUGAGAAAAAGCAGUAAAAAAAAGAAAAUCUUAUAUUUUUAAUUGCCUGAAAGGGACAAAACUAUUUCUGAAUAAAGAAAUGAAUGUAUGCUU